GCAACCCUGAGGCUGGAACUUGGCUCUCCCGCUGCAGCAGCCCCAGCAUGAAGGUCUCAGCAGCUCUGCUGUGCCUGCUGCUCCUAGCAGCUACCUGCAGCUCCCAGGCACUCGCCCAGACAGAAACAAAGCCCGCCCCGGCCACUUGCUGCUUGAGCUUUGUCCGGAAGAGGAUCCCCCCGCAGAGGCUGGUGAGCUAUCAGAAGACCAGCAAGGCCUGUGUCAAGGAGGCUGUGAUCUUCCGGACCAGACGGGACCUGGAAGUGUGUGCUGACCCCACGCAGAAGUGGGUCCAGGAUUCCAUGAGGGUCCUGGAUGGAGACGUCACUCCCUGAGGACUGCAAUUCUUCCGCCCACACGCAGAUGCGACCUGAGCAGGGGACAUAAUUGCUGCCUCUCCUCCAGCUGCCCAUGCACCCCCAGCCUGGUUUUCCUGUAACCUUCAAAUCCAAAUAGAAUGCUUUCUGUUUUAUGAU